AUGGUAUACAAACUCGAUAACUGGCAAGGUGGAGUAUCUGUGGGGGGAAGGAAAAUCAAUAAUCUAAUAUAUGCCGACGAUACACUAAUCAUAACAGCAAGUGUGGAAGAAAUGGAAUUUAUUAUGCAACGUCUCCAAGAAACUAGUACAGAAUUUGGGCUAAAACUUAAUCCUAACAAAACUACUGUCAUGAUUGUGGACCGACAAAACAACAACCAACCUCACGUGGGAAACAUAGCUGGAUUUAAGGUGGUUAAUAAAUACUUAUAUCUGGGAUCGCUAAUCGACAACAGCGGCUCAUGCGAAGGCGAAAUAAGACGUAGAAUUGCGCUGGCUAGAACAGCCGUAACUAAAUUAACUAAGAUAUGGAAAGAUACAGCCAUCACUAAGAACACCAAACUAAGACUGCUGAACUCGCUUGUUUUCCCGAUUGCUACGAAUGGGGCGGAAACAUGGACGCUGAAGAAAAGCGAUACCAGGUUUCAUAAAUCCCAUCCGUCGAGAAGCUUAGGUGAAGUUUCUGAACAGGAGAAACUGGCAAGCUACAUCAGGUAG